ACUUUCUUGGACAAACAAAUAGCGGCAAUAUAAAUGCACGUUGGAAUUACGAGCAGUUGCUUUUCAAACCAAUAUAUAACUCGUGAUUCUAUUAAACUCAUGUUUCAAAACAAACUGAAUGAGUUCUUUCAAGUGUCUUUGAAGUUCGGUCGAACAACAUUAUUGUGAAUGCCAAUAAUUAAAUCGUAGAAAUAAUUUAUUCUGAUUAACAUUUCCACUAUCACAAGUUAUGAUUAAAAAGUUGAAAACUAUUGCGAUUAAACUUGGAAUACAGCGUCCUCCUCAACCUGCACAAAGAUUCAUCCCAGUAGGCCCAGUCUCCAAAGAGCUCUUUCCAGUUGAAGGAUAUCCCUUGAGGAAACUUUAUGGUAGGAAUAAAGUCACAACCACAAAAUACACGUGGUAUGGGUUCUUUUUCCAAAAUCUUGGAGAGCAAGCACAGAGAAUUGCGAACUUUUAUUUCAUCAGUCUUGCUAUAAUUCAGUUGUUUACAGAUUCCCCAGUAUCUCCAACUACAUCGAUAAUUCCAUUAUUUUUUGUGCUCUCAGUGACUAUGAUCAAACAAGGCUACGAAGACUUCCUGAGACUUAAGGCAGAUAGAGAGAUAAAUCAUAUUCCUAUUGAGAUAGUUACUGAGAAUGGUCAUUUAACGACAGUAAAAUCUAUGGAACUUGAAGUUGGGAACAUAAUCUUAUGCAGAAAUAACUCCUCAUUUCCUUGUGAUAUGAUUUUGUUAAGUUCAAGCGAGCCCAGUGGAGAAUGUUUUGUUACAACUGCAAGUUUAGAUGGUGAGACAAACUUGAAAAAGUUCGAAGUGGCUGGUCAUACAAAUAAAUUUGAUACACCUGAAUCACUUGCUUCGGAGCUAAUAGGUUACAUAUGUUGUCAACAACCGGUAGAAGAUCUAUAUACCUUUAGUGGCCGUAUUUGCCUAAAAAACUCAGUUGAAGAUACGAUUACCAAGGAUUAUCCGCUCGGACCUAAAAAUUUACUACUGAGAGGAGCGUGUCUUCGUAAUACUGAUUAUAUAUAUGGUUGUGCUGUCUACACGGGCCGUGAUACAAAACUGGCCCUUAAUUCAAAGGGAAAAACCACAAAAUUUUCACAAGUUGAAGGAAGGCUGAACUUCUACCUCUUCUUUAUUUUGGCGUUCCUGGCUUUCAGUGUGAUCGUCUCCAUUAUUCUGAGUUCAGUCCUAGGUCAUCCUAACGUUUGGUACCUUCCACCAGAAAAGAGAAAUGCUUGGAACGUUUUUCAAGAACUUCUAGGAUUCGUUGUUCUAUAUAAUUAUAUAAUCCCAAUCUCUUUGUAUGUUACAAUAGAAAUGCAAAAAUUUAUUGGUUCUUUAUUUUUUGAAUGGGAUUUAAACUUAUAUGACGAGAGGAUAAAUGAAAGAGCUAAAGCUAACACUUCAGAUCUAAUUGAAGAAAUGGGUCAGGUUGAAUAUCUUUUCACUGACAAAACUGGUACAUUAACAGAAAAUUCAAUGCAAUUUCGUCGACUAGCUACAUCUAUGGGUGUUUUUCACUUUGAAAAUAAUGGUUUAUUUCGUUAUACAGAUUCACCAUCAAGUAUAUAUGGUACUGAUAUGGAAGCUUUUAGAAGUCCAGUUAAUCAAGAAAAUCAAGAAGAAUUAGAUGAAUUAUCAGAAGCUGUACAUUUAAAAACAAUAACUGAAUCUUCUAGUCAAUCACCUACAGUAAAUAGUGUACAAACAUUAUUACUUUUACUUUCAUUAUGUCAUACUGUACGAGUUGAAAGAAAUAUACCAAUGGAUUUAUUUUCAAAGAAAGAAUUCAAUAAUUUAGAUAAUGAUAAAACACCACGUCGUAGUAGUAGUGCACUAAGACGAGCAUCAGCAGCGCAUGCAGCAAGUAUAGCAUUUCGUGCAUCUAGAAGAGGACGUAAAGUGAAGACACAAGAUUAUGAAUAUCAAGCUUCAUCUCCUGAUGAAAAAGCAUUUGUGGAAACAUGUCGUGAUUUAGGCGUAGUAUAUCAUGGUUCAGAUGAAACUGGUUUACUGGUAAUCACAAUUCAAGGUGAAGCAGUAAGAUAUCGUUUAUUAGAUGUACUUGAAUUUGAUGCAACAAGAAAAUGUAUGUCAGUAGUUGUACAAUUUGUACCAAAAGAAAGUAAUGAACCUGAAUCCUUAGAUUCUCCAGUUCUCGUUUUGUGCAAAGGAGCUGAAACAAGUCUUUUGAGUCGAAUUGAUCAUAUGGAACAACCUAACACAUUCAGUGCAUAUGGAGAUCCUUUAGGUGAUAGUUUCUGUGGAACAGCUGGAUUAAAAUUAAGAAUGGAUUCUGAACAAGUUAUGAAACAAGUGACUGAAUUUGCAACUUUAGGUUUACGUACAUUAGUUAUGGGUAUACGAUUAAUCACUAUUAAAAAAUGGAAUGAAUUAAAAACUAAACUUGAUAAAGCAAGAAGUAUAGUGAAUGAAGGACGUCAAAAAGAAUUAAUUACAGCUUAUAAUGAAAUUGAAAAAAAGCUUACAUUAAUUGGAUGCACUGGUAUAGAGGAUAUGCUUCAAGAUGGUGUUCCUGAAACUAUAAAAGCACUUCGAGAAGCUGGAAUUAAAAUAUGGGUACUUACAGGUGAUAAAGAAGAGACAGCUGUUAAUAUUAGUUAUGCAGCUGGACAUUUUUAUCCUGGUAUGCAAGAAAUUCGUGUUACCAAUUUUGAUGAUACAGUGAAAUGUGGAAGUUUUUUAAAAAGUCAAAUUGAACGAAUUAAAGAAUCGAAAAUGUAUGAUGCUGAUACACAAUUUGGAGUUGUUAUAGAUGGUCAAUCAUUAAAUUAUGCUCUUGUGGAACCAAUAAGAUCAUUACUUACCCAAUGUUGUUUAGAAUCAUCAACUGUAUUAUGUUGUCGUUCAACACCAUUACAAAAAGCUGAAGUUAUACGUUUAAUUAAAGAAAGUCAUAAACCAAUACCAAUUACAGCUGCUAUUGGUGAUGGUGCAAAUGAUGUAUCAAUGAUAUUAGAAGCACAUAUUGGUUUUGGUAUUUAUGGUAAAGAAGGUAGACAAGCAGGAUCUAAUAUAUACACACUAAAUAAUGAAUAAUUUGUAAAUCUAAUUCUAUUGUACAAAGAAAACAUACUACUACUACUACUAUUACUAUUACGACUACUACUAACACCAAUACUGAUACUACUGCUACUACUACGACUACUACUACUGAUACUACUAUUACAACGACUACUAGUAAUACUACUACUAUUACUAUUACGACUACUACAAACACUAAUACUGAUACUACUGUUACUACUACUACUGAUACUGAUACUACUAUUACAACGACUACUAGUAAUACUACUAUUUUAUUCUAAUAACCAAUAUGAAUAAAAGAAUUUAUAUAAUUUAACAUUGUUUAACUAUUCACUCUAAUUCUAUUUCAAGAUUAUAUCCUUAAAACUAGAAUACAGAGAGUAAGCGCGCAAGACAAAAAGAGACAUGUUGAAUCGUCUUCUAAUUCUUUUUUUUUUUUAAAAAAAAAGAAAAGCUCAAUUGUUUCCCAUUUCAAUAUACAGAUCUUAUAUAGUAAUCAUCGUGUAUACAAAAAAGAUGAUAACUUUUUU